AAUACCAUAUUGGGUUAUUUUUUGGGUUUUUGCAGGUUGGGUAUAAACUGGGUUGGGUUAUCUGUGGGCUGGGCUGGGUUAUUUUAGCCUAACAUCCCUACGUGUUGUUAUAAGGAAGCGUCGAGAUGGGAAGGUGCAGGAAUGGAGAGAAGAGAUUGAAACCCUAUAAUCUGGGCAGAAAGAUGAUGAGGAUGAGGAUGAGGAUGCGGAACCUCGGAUCUGUAUGUGCCAAGCUUGGACGCAGUGGGACGAUGAUGAUGAACAGGAAGGAGUCUACUUGCGGCGGCGGCUUGAAGAGGAUGAUGAACACGGAGCGAAGGAGGAGAUGCGACAGCACUGGAGGAGAUUUCGAAGGGGGAUUGCGAGGCGCUCUCGGGACUGGAUGGAGAACUUUAGCCAGAUGCUCUGCCUUUUACUUUGGAUACAAAUUCUUUGGCGAGUAUCUCAGACCUUACGAUCACCAAUACCUUUAUGAAUGUAUUGAGGAGGCGGAUUCUGAUGUGCAAACUUACUUGGAACGGAUAAAUAUUGCUGAGCGUUCGCUUGAUGCUGUCUUGAACCUAGAAGACAAGUGCUUUGGGCCCAAGCACUGACGAGGACAACUUUCUAAGAUUUCACUAUCCUGACCAUGAUUGUGUUACUUUUCUAUGUUUUAAAUUUCAUGAUACACUACUCGAAUGUUUCUGUCGAUAUUUGUCUGUAUGUCUGUCUGUCUGAAUUAACUGAGUAACAAGAGUUUUUCAUCGUUUUUGUGUUGAAUGCUUUCAACAAACACGCUUGAGCAUUUGCA